UAGGCUACACGAACCAUCAUCAAAAACAAAUACGUCACCGUAUUUGUCACGUUUCCACGAGAUUUUCAUUCAAAAGUAAAGAAGCACAAGCAAGCGAAACCAGCGAGGUUGUCUUUAGAUUUCGAUUCCUUUUUGCGUCCGAUUCUUCUGAAAUUCCGAGGAGAAGCUUCCUUCCAGGACCUGUCUCCGGCGACAUCUCCCCGAUCUCCGGCGAAUCUCCGGUCCCCACUUUCUUCCCUCGAAAUGAAUCCCGAGUAUGAUUAUCUGUUCAAGCUCCUUCUUAUUGGAGACUCCGGUGUUGGUAAAUCAUGUCUUCUUCUGAGAUUUGCAGAUGAUUCAUACAUAGAGAGCUACAUCAGCACCAUUGGAGUUGAUUUUAAAAUACGUACAGUUGAGCAGGAUGGAAAGACCAUCAAACUCCAAAUCUGGGACACAGCUGGGCAAGAACGAUUUAGGACAAUCACCAGUAGCUACUACCGUGGAGCCCAUGGGAUCAUUAUUGUUUAUGAUGUGACAGAUGAAGACAGUUUCAAUAAUGUGAAGCAGUGGCUCAGUGAAAUUGACCGCUAUGCAAGUGAUAGUGUUAACAAGCUUUUGGUUGGCAACAAGUGCGAUCUGACAGAAAAUAGAGCUGUGUCAUAUGAUACAGCUAAAGCAUUUGCAGAUGAAAUAGGCAUACCUUUUAUGGAAACAAGUGCUAAAGAUGCUACAAACGUUGAACAAGCUUUCAUGGCAAUGUCUGCAUCAAUCAAGGAUAGAAUGGCAAGCCAACCUGCAAAUAAUGCAAGGCCUCCAACAGUGCAGAUCAGGGGGCAGCCAGUUGCACAGAAAGGUGGAUGCUGCUCUUCCUAACCAGUAAUUCAGAUCCAUUAUAUUUUAGUCACAUUCGUGUAAGAUUUUUUUUUUAAUUUCGCCAAAUAGUGGACCAAUGUCAGAAUUUGUUUGUUGGUUUAAAACUGACCUAGACGAUCCCAUUCUUUGAAUAUACUUAAUGAUGUGGCUUGUGCAAAGUAUAUAAUUUCCUACUACUAAAUAUAUGUUUCUAUUCAA